AAAUUAUUACUUCACAAAAUACUGUCCAUUUUCUAUUAGAAAUAUAUGGAAACAAAAACAAUCCUUGAACAUGAAAUCUCAGUCUGCAAUUUUGCUUUCAUCAAGUCUUCUCGUGUAUCUAUCUGCUAGUAUAUUAUUUAUUUAUCUUGCAACGUAAUAUCCCUGUGAGUCUGCAGACAUUCGUUCUGUAAUGCAUUUUCGACCAUCGAGUUGGCGUGAAACGUCAGCAAUUAUCAUAUUAUCGCGUUGUGCAACGCAUGACACAAUUUCCGAUAGCAAUAAAAGUUAAAAAUGGUAAUAAGUACGUUUGAAUCGGCAUAUACACAAAUAUACAUGAUUAUGGUACCGGCGGCGAAACGCGGCACAUGUUGUUUACAAUAACAAUCGUUGUCGAUGGUAACGAUAGCGCAUGCUGUGUCGCAACUCAAUGAUACCGACUCCACGUCAAUUAAGUAGACUGUGACGUAGUAGAGAGUGGUUUCCGCGAAACGCGACAGAUCCAAUUUCCUUCAGGUGCUCGUAAACGCUAAUAAAGACACGGUUGGAUAAGCGAAUCGCGCAUUAUUUCGCACCGAGCUCACACGCGACAUCAAAGCGAUCCCGGAUUCUGUUUCUCGCCAUUGUGUUUACAAAUCGGUAAAAUCGCAUGUUGAUUAUAAUUGCGCGAGAUUACAGACAAUUGUUGAAACCGAUUGUCGACACGCAAAAGUCAUACAUAACUUAGAAAUCGCGACGCACGGAACUUGGUUUAAGACUCAGCAACUCCGAGCAAUGCCGUCAGAGUAAUACUGAUCACCAGAUGGAACUGUUUGGCAGUAAUCCCGAAAAUCCAUCACUAGUGCAUUUGAUCUCGCCUGAUAACAGUGUGAAUCAGUCUACUAUGACUCAUGACAUUGACAAUAACGCAAAAAGUAAAGUUAAUUAGUGACAGUAUCUAUCUUAACAUAGUCAACAAAACACGUGGUCAGUGCAAUAAAUUGGACUUCGAUCAAAGUUCCGAUAACUCGCGGAUUUCAUCUCGGGAUAAGAAUUUUCGAGGUUAUGACAAUGAAUUCGUAUGGAUGGAGCAGAGAGAUAUUCGAGCCUCAAUUCGUUCAACAAAAGACGAAGAAGAUAGAGCUAGGAGAGAAAGGGUCCGGCUUCAGAGCACGAGGAGAAGUCCAAGACUUCAACAAACUGAGACGAGAAUGUCUAGCAACGGGAAGGCUCUUCGAGGAUCCCGAAUUUCCGGCCAAUGAUGACUCGCUAUAUUUUUCCCGCAGACCGGACAGAUACAUAGAAUGGAGACGACCGAUGGAAAUCGCGGACAAUCCUCAGCUCUUUGUGGAAGGCUACUCAAGAUUUGACGUUCAGCAGGGAGAGCUGGGAGAUUGCUGGUUGCUAGCAGCCGUGGCAAAUCUGACCAUGCAUUCGAAUUUGUUCUUUCAAAUAGUGCCGGAAGAUCAGAGUUUCGACGAAAAUUACGCAGGAAUCUUCCAUUUCAGGUUUUGGCAGUACGGUAGAUGGGUCGACGUGGUGAUUGACGAUCGAUUGCCCACCUAUCAUGGAAAAUUGAUGUAUCUACAAUCAGCCGAGACCAACGAAUUUUGGAGUGCCCUUCUUGAAAAAGCAUACGCGAAACUUCAUGGCUCCUACGAGGCGUUAAAGGGCGGCACAACCUGCGAGGCUAUGGAAGACUUCACUGGCGGAGUAACAGAAAUGUACCAAAUGGAUGAAACGCCGCCGAAUUUGUUUAAUAUAUUGUUAAAAGCCUUUGAGAGAAACUCGUUGCUGGGUUGCUCCAUCGAGCCUGAUCCAAACAUAUUGGAGGCUGAAACACCUCAAGGAUUGAUACGCGGUCACGCGUACAGCAUCACCUGCGUGAAGCACGUGGAGAUUCAAAUGCCAAAUCGGCAAGGUACCAUACCGCUAUUGAGGCUUCGGAAUCCUUGGGGAAACGAGGCGGAAUGGAAUGGGCCUUGGAGCGAUAAAUCACCGGAAUGGAGAUUCAUCCCUGAACAUGAAAAGGAGGAGCUCGGCCUGACCUUCGAUAUGGACGGCGAAUUUUGGAUGUCGUUCCACGAUUUCGUUCGCCACUUCACUCAACUCGAGAUAUGCAACUUGAAUCCCGACUCUUUAACGACAGACGAUAUCAACAUCGGGAAGAAACGCUGGGAGAUGAGCGUGUUCGAAGGAGAGUGGGUGCGUGGAGUAACAGCAGGUGGUUGCAGAAACUUUUUAGAAACCUUUUGCCAUAAUCCGCAGUAUCGUAUUACAUUGGAAAAUCCAGACGACGAUGAUGAUAAGUGUACCGUAAUCAUUGCUUUGAUGCAGAAGAACAGGAGGGCACAAAGGAGAAUGGGUGCUGAUUGCCUCACUAUAGGAUUCGCGAUUUACCAUUUGGAAUAUCCAGAUAGAUUGCCAAAACCAUUAGACGUGAACUUCUUCAAGUACAAUGCGUCCGUUGGACGAUCGCCGUCAUUUAUAAAUUUAAGGGAAGUUACAUGCCGUUUCAAAUUACCACCUGGUGUUUACUGUAUAGUUCCGAGUACUUUCGACCCGAAUGAAGAAGGUGAAUUCUUGCUGAGAAUCUUCUCUGAGAACAAGAACAAUAUGGAAGAAAACGACGAGGAAGUCGGUAUUGGAGAAAUUGAUGACAGGGUAAUUAAUCCUGCGGGCGGUAAGGAGGGCCAAGACGGAGAUAACGUUCGCGAUGAACCCGAACAAGACCGCAAUACCGAAAAAGUUCGAGAAUUUUUCAAGAAACUUGCUGGCGAUGACUUGGAAGUGGACUGGAUGGAACUCAAAGAUAUCUUAGAUUUCGCCAUGAGAAAAGAGUUACCACAGUUGGCGCAUCGUAGCGAGGCACAUGAUCCCGAAACUAUUGAAGGAAAUGGUUCGUUUAUCGACACACUCAUCUCACUGCUGUGCGGCAUUGUUUGUAAUAAUGAACAGUACAAUAAGCCCGUAGAGACUCACGACAGAGGUUUCAGCAAAGACGUAUGCCGCAGUAUGGUUGCUAUGUUAGAUGCAGAUCAUUCCGGCAAACUUGGCUUUGAAGAAUUUAAAACAUUGUGGAAUGACAUUAGGAAGUGGAGGGCUGUUUUCAAGCUGUACGACAGAGACGAAUCGGGAUUUUUAAGUGCAUUUGAAUUAAGACAAGCAUUAAAUAGCGCAGGAUACCGUUUGAACAAUCAUAUUCUUAAUAUAUUAGUUCAUCGUUAUGGUACUAAAGAAGGCAAGAUCACUUUCGAUGAUUUUAUAAUGUGUGCGGUCAGACUUAAAACAAUGAUUGAUAUUUUUAGAGAGAGAGAUCCAGAUCAAACCCAGACAGCUACAUUCACACUUGAAGAAUGGAUGGAAAAGACACUGUAUUCAUAAUAAGAUAUAGAUUUAUAUUCGUCAUAACUCAAUAUCAACUUUAAAAAAUCUUUUGAUAUCUACAUGUCAGAUUGUACAUUGAGUACAAAAAUUGUUAACUAAAUUUUUCAACUUGAUUAAAUUUUUACAAUUUAAAUAUUUAUGUAUUUAAAUUAAAAAUGUAUAAAUGUUUAAACUGAAGAAAUUUACUUAAGUUUAGUUAACAAUUUAGUUAACAAUUUGUUUUUUCAAUGUAAUGCUAAACAACAGUAAUUAUGAAUGAGAAAUAUUUUUUUAUAAAGGACAAUAGAUAAAAGUACUUUUCGUCUUGUAUUAUAAGAUAACUUAUAUAAUUAGCUUGUUAACUUUUAUUUCUCUGAAUCGAUUGUAUAUGUGAUAUAAUGGAAGAAUAUAUGAUAAAGUGUGCCUUAAUAUGCUUUAAGUGAUCGCAACAUUAUAACUCAAAUUUAUUAUAAAACUAUAUAUAAUUUAUUGGAACACAUAAUGCCUGUGUACUACUAGUCCAUAGAUUUAUGCAAAUUUUCAAUUUGAUUAUCACAAGAAGUAGUAAAAUAAUCUGAUAAAUUUUUUAAAUUAUUAAUUUUUACAGUUCUACUUUGUAAGGUUGGCAAAAAAAUGAGUGAUGAAAAAUAUUGUAAAUGAAGAAUGUACAUGUAUACGGUCGAACAUUGCAGAAUGCACAUUUGCGAAAUUAUAUUUUUUAUCAAUAUUUAAACCCACCCAAUACAUUAAAUAAAUCAAGUUCGUACUUAAACAA